AUGGCGCGGCUAGCUUUCUUUCUAUUUUGCGGAAUCUUAUGUGCCAGCUGUGAAAGACAUGGGAAGAGAAAGAAUGAUUAUGGGGACAAGUCGUUGUGGAAGAAUGAAUAUGAGAAUGAGUUGACUGACGCUAUGAUGUCGUCCAAACGGCACAAGAACUUUACCCGCGUUCCUCAGUCCACUUCGGGUUCAGAUAACGAAGUCGUGAUAGAGAAAUUGAUGGAAUCCAUAACGUCAAGUGAAAAGUACCUGAAGAAGGUAGACAGUAUAGAUUUCAGACUAAACCGGUUGGAUAUAGAGGUGCAUGAAAAAACUAACGGUAUACUUAAAUAUUUAGCGGAGAUCUUUAAUAGCAUGCAGAAUUCGGGAAAUUCUGAGAAGUUAGAGACGGAACUGGAGAAGAUCAAGAAUGAUUUGAGUGAAAUAAAAAAUAUUUUCGAGAAGAACCCGAGAGCAAAGGUUGAAGGUGCUGAAUACCAACUCGACACGACGUUAGACAGCCGACUUACAUUCUUGGAAAGCCACAUGAAAAAUAUAAUGACUAGUGUCGAAUCGAUCGCUACUAUCAUAUCCGAGGUUAAAACGAGACAGAACGCACGUACCAUAGUCAGGCCUGAUGUUGGGGGAUCGUUGGAAGCUAUCGGGCUAAUAACAGAAUUCAGGAGAGCGUUGCAAGAACAGAAAGUUAAAAAGUGCGACUGCAAAAUAGGCAGAGUAGAUCGCAUUGAGAGAUAUCCAACCGAUUGUCAAGAAAUACAGUUGCAAGGAUUCAAUGUGUCUGGUAUAUACAAAAUAAGGCCUGAAGAUAUGGAACCGUUUUAUGUACUUUGCGACCUCAACAGCGCUGGUGGGGGAUGGACGGUAAUACAAAAUCGUUUCGACGGCUCGCAAGAUUUCUAUAAGGGCUGGGCGGACUAUAAGCAUGGUUUUGGUAACUUGGCUGGUGAAUUUUGGUUGGGCCUCGAGAAAUUAAACUAUCUCACCAACCAGAAACUAUAUGAAUUGAGGAUUGAAAUGGAAUCGCAGUCGGGCCAGGAAGCAUCAGCUACCUUCUCCGUCUUCACAGUUGGACCUGAAUUUGAAGGGUAUAGAAUUAGUACACUGGGCACCUAUAGGGGAAAUGCGGGCGAUUCCUUGUCUUACCACGCGGGGCAGAAGUUCUCAACCCCUGAUAUUGAUAACGAUGAAUGGAAAGAUGGCGCGUGCGCCGUCGAGCAUGGUGGCGCUUGGUGGUACAAGGAAUGUGAUAAAAGCAAUCUAAAUGGAAAAUACUCACCAGUCGACGAGCAUCACGGUCAAUCGGUAUACUGGAUAUCGUUCAAGGGUCCCAGCUCUCCCCUAGCCAAGACACGAAUGAUGAUCAGACCAUUACCUGCUAGUCGACCAACUGACUACGCUGAACAGUCGAGGAAAAUUCUAGAAAGUUCCAAGUUAAGGCCAAUGGAGAAGCAAAUGCCACGCAACAAAGAAGCGAAAAGCUAUGACACAGCGAAUCGUCAUCCCUAUCGUUACGAGGACACUCUUCGACCAGAGGGUUUCUUCCCCAACUACACGUAA